ACGUAAAUGCUGACACACAGAGACCUUGGCACGUCACACUACUUCCUGUCCAUCAUUCUUAAAGGAACAGUCCCCUAAAAAGCAAAAUACAGACCAGGAUGAACUGCUCACCAUAGACAUAUAGAGUGGAUGCCGCAUUGGCUGCUGGAGCGCAAGAAAUACGGUCCCCAUCUUGGUCAUCCUCCGGUCAUCCUACCCAUGAUCCUACCUGUAAACAUUACACUGAGUGGAGCGGGUGACCGGACCAGGAUGGCGGACCCACGGCUCGUCAGCACCAACAGGUAGUAGCGGAUGCGGUGUCUACUCUUCAUAUGUCUAUGCUUCUCACUCUGGAGAUUUCAAGCCCUACCAAAGACUAAAUGUACAUGAAACAUGUAGAGCUGAUCCUGCUGGGCUGGCUGCAGUAGAGCUUAUAAACCCAGCCUCCUCCAUGUUAACAGAUGGGACAUGGGUCAAACUCUAAAAUCCAAACACAGGUCAGACAUGGUUUCUGUCAUUAUAGUUAGGUCUUAUCAUACUGGUUUAUGUCACGCUUAAUUUUUCUUAAUAGUUUACUUCAAAUUAGUUAUUUGAUGCUGUAAAAAGAGGGAAUGUGACUUCAUGAUUGACAGCUCUGUUGACCAAUGAGGCAGGCCUGUGUGCACCACAUUACCAGAGUAGAGGAGGAACGGUGAGAGGAAACGUAACAAACACUAACAGAAGAGUCACCUCCCUGCUGUCCCACAAUGCUUUGAGCCUCUGGUGGUAUUCACAAUGUCUUUAGCUUUCAUUAUGCUAAAGGCUCGUCUACAAGCUACUAAUGUGACGUGGAGGGACACGAUCAGGUCUGGAGACUUAAAUUAUUUUCAGCUUCAUAUUCAGACAAUCAAAGUUUGGUCAGUUUGUCAGUAUUAACAUCAACACGCUGAACACUGAGAUCAACACCUGAGCUAGUUUUCUUCUCCUAAUCUCCACUUUCAGUCCUCAAGUGCAGUGAGAACGGGUUUCUAUAUUUCUGUGUUACAUCCUGGACUCUGCGUCUUAUGUAAGUGUGUUUAAUGGGUUAAGGUUGAAACUCCUUUAUGAAACACACGCCCUGACGUCACUUCCUCUGACGGAGCGGCUCCUCCUGACCUCUGAGGUCAGUCUGCUCAUGUCUCAUUAUCAGCAGGUCAAUAUUUUCAUUCUGACGUCACUGCCGCUCAAAUAUAAACCUGUCAGACGUAGACGAGGGCCUCAGAGCCCACAGGACAGACCCAGACCUCUAAGACCCCCUAACUGACAGACCCAGACUUCAGUGUCCUCUCCACAGACAAAGACCAGGACCUGUACAGUCAGAAGGCCUGGGUGAGUUGUGAGUGACUCGUCCCCUCCUGGUCAGCACCAUGGUCAGCUGCAGGAUGCUGCUCCUCAGCGCCUCCUGCUGGCUGCUGGUGGUUUGGGGGAGCGGGGAGAGGAUGAUGGAGCGAUCAGCGGAGGAUGCAAUCGAGACUCAGGAGGAGAAGGAGCUGAUUGAAGCUCUGCAGGAAGUCCUGGAGAAGUUAAAGAGCAAACAGCUGCCGCCGUCAGAGAAGAAGCUCGGCUUACUUCCUUCAUGUGAUGCAGAGGAGCAGUGCGCUGUGCGUAAAGGUGCCAGGUUCGGGAAGUUGUGUGGAUGUCCUGCAGGAACAGUCUGCAACUUCAGCGUCCUCAAAUGUCUGUAGUCUCUCUCCCUCUCUCUCUCUCUCUCUCUCUCUCUCUCUCCCUCUCUCUCUCUCUCCCUCUCUCU